AUGUCCACAUACAAGGAGGCCCUCAAGGAACUACGAAGAGAGCCACUUUCACUUCGAAAUCGGUUCUUCCUGAUUCUCCUCGACGCCCAGUACGUCUCCAAAUUUACAGCUUGUGGGUUUCCCCUUGUUGCCAAUGAACGCUGUGGGCUCUGGUACGUGAAACCAGAGAUCCUUGCCGAGACUGCCUACUUCAAGUCCACAGAUGGACACACGAACCAGUGGAAGUUUUCCUUCAGGAGGCUCAAUUUUCACCUUCUUCCUUUGAUUGCUAAGAAUGGCGGUGUUGCGAUUGUGGAUUCCACAAGAAAGGGAAAACUCAUGCCCGAUGCUCUCUCGAAAACAGUGCCCAUAUGGUGUGCUGUGUUGAACUACAUCAUGUUCGAAGGACAAGACAGCGACUGGGACAUACAGAAAGACAAUUGGCUCAGGACGCCAUUGGAGAUGGUUCUGGAAAGCGAACACAGCUCCAUAGUGGGAAAAAUACCCGAGUUUGCAGCCGAACUCAAGAGACUAGGGUUGAUCACGAAGGAGCAGUUGGUUUCUAGGCUCGGAGAAAUAAAACCGUUAGUUCCCGUUUGGAGACGGUACGGUCAAAAAACGGUGGAUGUGCCGAGAUCACUGGACUACUUCACGGUGGUGUGUGUUACCGCCCUGGCUGUUUCUGUAGAGACUGCUGGGUUUUCUUACGUUCAAGGCGCUGCAGAUGACCACGAGCUUUGGGCGACCAAGGACGUCUGCAAUGGCAAGCUUGAUGCUAAGGUUUUCUGGGAUUUGAUGAAGGAGACUGGUGAGUCCAGGAUAGUUGAUGAGAACGGCAGCAUAUACAGCUGGCUUUCCGAUGGGGAGCUUUCCAGGAGGAUCAAUUGCAUUUAUAAGGAGCGGGUUGGCGACAGUGGGCUGAAAUUGAAUGUAACGGCUUUGGGAAAUACUGGCAUUUCGGUGGGUAUCAUAGACAGAAAAGUGGCAUAUGAGGAGGUUAAAGGGUAUGAUGCAGUGGUGGUACUUUCACAAGAGUAUGGAAUCGAGGCUCCAGAAAAGGCUACUACCAAGGUUCUCGACACGAAACUUUCAGAAGGCAAGCAGGGCUCAAAAGAACUCCGAGCUAUUCUUCCCAAGAUCAUGGAUGCAUUGGAUGGGUGCAAUUCUAUCGCCAUCUUGUGUGGUUCAGGAAAGGACCUCUCCGUGGGAGUGGCUCUUUGCCUUCUUUGCAAGAGAUACUCGACGACCUGGGAGGCAUCAACAGGCCAACUCAUUAACAAAGACGUGGUGAAGCAGCAUUUGAGCAAGAUUCUGGAUCUUCGCAAGGUCAAUCCCAGCAGAAACACUCUACAGAGCGUCAAUACGUUUCUCAUGGGCCGGUAA